AACGAAUCUUUUAAACCCUAAUACAAAGAUUCAUCUGUUUAAUACAUCAGCUGCUGUGCGCUUUAUGAGGGCUUUUAACUUGCCUUCUGUUUUCCCAGAAUCCCUUGCUGAGUUUUGUCGCCGCGUCUGAACAUGUGAGAAUCCAACACUCUGGUCAUUUAAGCUGAAUCUGUUUUAUGUCAUUUUUGUUUUUCUGUUUUUAAUAUAUGUAUGUAUAUUUCACCGCGGCGUGAUGACGUCACGCCGCCGUUAGUGAAUUCUGCGUGCUGAUUGGCCGGUGUCGAGUCCGCUUAUUAGGAAGCGUGUGUCCAUUUGGUUUUAAAUUGCUUUAUUGACGGACAGCAUGAUCAAUCAUGUUAAUUGGCAUGCAGGUCCGAUAGCUGAUAUAUUUUUUCAUCACGGUGCAGAAGAGGAAAUGACGAUACACUGCUUUUGUUCCAGAGCUUUUGUCAAUGAUCGAGAGCUGUAUAGAUCGGAUUUCAGAGCUUUACAGAAUCAGACCCUUGAGGAACCCCAAGUCUAUCAGGAGGAGGACGAGGAGGAGGAGGAGGAAGAUGGAGAGGAGUCCAGCUGCUCUGAGGAAGGAGAGGACACGGUGCUGGAUGAAGAAACCCUGCUGAUGGUCAGUUUGGGGCUUCCUGUAGCCUUCUCCAGCUCCUCGCUUCAGAGCAGAGCCGGCAAGAAUGGAUACAGAGCGAAGAAGAAGAGCAGCAAGGAGCAACGGGAGAACUCCGAGUAUUAUACAACCUCACAGCUGGAGCUGGUGAAGGGGGAGGAGGAAGAGCGUGUGGAGGAAGAGCGUGUGGAGGAAGAGCGUAAGGAGGAAGAUCAUAAAGAGGAAGAACAUGUGGAGGAAGAACAUGUGGAGGAAGAACAUGUGGAGAUGGAGCAUAUGGAGGAAGAACAUGUGGAGAAAGAGUGUGAGGAAGAGGAGUUAAAGACCGUUGGGGAUGAGUCUCACACUGAUCAUGCCUGGCUGCAGUACUGGAAGCUGCAUGGAGAGAACCUGCUGUGGACGAGCUGGGUGGAGAAACAUGCCGAGUUCUCCAGCGAGUCUCCUCCGACUCCGUGGGCGUGUCCUGAAUGGAAGGAAAGGUGGGAGGAGCAUUCUAAUGAGAUGUAUGGAUAUUAUUGGGAACAGUUUAGCUACUGGGCUUCUCAGGGCUGGACUACAGACGAGACGAUUAGUGCUGAUGCUGCUCGAGAUGAGGAACCUCACGCUGAGGAACACCAAGAACAACCGGAUGUGAUGGAUCCGGAGGAAGACGGACUCAAGUCUUCUGCUUCCUGUGAUCAGGUGUCUGGAGAACCGGAUAAGUUUCCAGAAGAAAGCCCCUCUGGCAUUGUAGAGCUUGUUAAUAGUUUAAUCCUGGACACAGAGAAAUGCGAGAAGGACGAUCUUCAUAACACUUUACUCUGUAGUUAUGUUAAUGAGCCUCAUGACGGAGGAGACCGGAAAAGACCGGCUUCAUCAGGCAGCACCGGCACGGAGAAAAGCGAUGAAAAACCAAAGUCCGUUACUCAGCUGCACAGAGAUGGCCAGCCGGUGAAUAGCGGCUCCAAGGAGGAUGACAGUGAUGAGGACGAGCCGCCAGAGAGAAAAGCAAAAACUAAAAGAAGUCAUGAGCUAGACGUUGAUGAACUUGCUCAGAUGCCUACUGACCAAGCAUGGGAGAGUCUGGGCCUCAAACGUGACCCUCAACACAAGUUUGUGAGUGUUUUAAAGUUCCGGAGAACUCAGGAGGGAACUCAGAAGAAGGCUAAGUGGAGAAAGAAAGCCACUUGCAAAAUCAACAAGCACGUGUUCUUCACUGAGGACGGAGAGACGACAGAGCCCAGGAUCAACAAAACUCUCCAAAAAGUGCAGAAUUUCCUCCAGACCAUCCAAACUGAGAAUGAGUCGAAGAAGACUGGAGCGUCAGAGCUGGACAGAACGGGAAACGGACAUGAUGCUCCAGAUCCAUUGGAAUGUAAGGAGGAAAAGGUGGAGGAGUGUAGAGAGACUGGUCAUCUUGGAGAGCAUGGAGAAUGUGAAGAGCAGGUUAUAACCGAGCUGGAACCAGAACCGUUACCAGAACCAGAGCAGGAAACAUGUGUUCCUUCAGACUGUAUGGAACAGGAGCAUGGAAGAGAACUUGUGUCUUUGGAUAUCCCAGACUUUCUUCUUCCUGAUGCUCCAGAGGAUGAAAAUACAGCUGAGAACGAGAAGUCUUCGAAGAAGAAGAAAAAGAAGAAGGCUAGAAGGAGAAAGAGAAGGGAAACGGGCGUGGAUGUGGACGUGCCCCCUGAGAUUGCAGCCGAGCCGGAGCUGGCAAAGUACUGGGCUCAGCGUUACCGACUGUUCUCUCGAUUUGAUGAGGGCAUUAAACUGGAUCACGAGGGCUGGUUUUCUGUCACGCCUGAGAAGAUAGCCGAGCACAUUGCUCAGAGAGUGCAGGCUGCGUCUCAGGCACUGGUCAUCGUUGAUGCCUUCUGCGGUGUGGGAGGUAACGCCAUCCAGUUCGCCCUCGCUGGAAACACAGUGAUCGCCAUCGAUAUCGACCCGGUCCGGUUAGCACUCGCACAGCACAACGCCGCGGUGUACGGAGUCAGCGAAAGGAUCGACUUCAUCCAGGCGGAUUUCCUGCAGUUGGCACCGCACCUCCGGGCCGACGUAGUCUUCCUCAGCCCGCCGUGGGGGGGACCCGAGUACCUCAGCGCUGACGUCUUCAACAUCAAGACCAUGAUGAGUCCGGAUGGAUUCGAAAUUUUCAGGCUGGCCAAAAUGAUUUCGGACAACGUGGUGUAUUUUCUCCCACGCAAUGCCGACAUGGAGCAGAUCGCGUCUCUGGCCGGUCCUGGAGGGAAAGUGGAAGUGGAGCAGAACUUCCUCAAUAACAAACUGAAAACCAUAACCGCGUAUUUCGGCAGUUUAAUCCAUCCAGACUGAGAGAUUCAGCUUGUUUUUAACUCCAACCAUAUCUUCAUAACGCUGUCUGUUUACGUCUUUAUUUAUUGUUUAGUUUUAGCGACAGUUUUAAGACUAAGUAUUUCUCUGACAGGAGAUUUUUCACGUUGUGUAUAUUGUUGUUGUUUUUUCUAUUAAAGGUCAUCGUGUAAA